CUGUGCGUCAGUUGAAUGCAAAUCGCAACAAAGUUAACAUAAAUCAAAGCUUUCAAAGCUAUUUACGAGCAAUCACAAGUGAUAGUUGAAAUUAAAGUGUGAACAAUGUCGCUUAUUCCAUACAUUUUCGACGAUUUUCUACCGUACCACCACGAUCUCCUUGGUUUGGAAUUAUAUCUAAGGGAUUUGUGGACAACACCAGCGGAACGUUCACUUUGGCGAUCGCUUCGGACUCCACUCGGACAUUUGAAGUCGCAACUGGCCCAUCAGCUGCACAUCGGCAAGGAUGGUUUUGAAGUAAAACUUGACGCUGAACACUUCAAACCGGAGGAAAUCACCGUAAAAGCCGUCGACAAUUCGAUCAUCAUUGAUGCCAAACAUGAGGAAAAGAAAGAUGAAGUCGGAUCCGUUUCCAGACACAUCAUUCGACGAUAUGUUUUGCCGAAAGGAUUCAAGCCAGAGCAAGUCAUUUCAAAUCUAUCAUCCGAUGGAUUGUUGACGAUCAAAUGUCCGAAAUCCGAAACCACCGAAGGAGCUAUUGUACGACACAUUCAAAUUCAACCAACUGGACCUGCUCGAUUGACCGUUGGAAAAACCAGCGAUGAGGAGAAAGAAGAAGCAGCUAUAGAAGAAACUGAAGAAAAAACUGAAGAAAAAAGUGCAGAGAAAACAGAUGAGAAGAAAUAAUGUGAAAACUCAAGUGGAUCAGCUUAUUGGCAUUUUAUUCACUAGAAUUUUUAUUGUAUUCAUUUGAAGAGUUACAUAAAAUGUUUUGAUAAACGGAAAUGUU